AUGGUGAUGAGCAGUGGUUGGAAUCCACACUAUGAAAACGAGGAACGCUCGGUGGAGGUUCAUCUUAUCGAUGUACUUUUGGAGCCUUUUUAUGGGUCUAAACUUUGCAUCGUCGUUUGUGGUUACCUGAGAGAAGAGAAGAAAUAUGUCAACAAAGAUGCACUUGUCAAAGAUAUUUACAACGAUAUCUCCAACGCCCGUGAGUUGCUUAAAACUAAUGGAGAUGCUGCUCUGUUACAAUAA